AUGUCUUUCCACAGACACGACGUUGGACACCGACCUCGGCACCGGCCGGCCAAGUUCGACGCGCCCCGCGGCGCCAGCUCCCACCACAGAGAAGACAAGUACCGGAAAAGCCAUGGAAACGGCGCUUUUUUCCGUGAAGAACGGGCAUCUAAUCCUGGGGGACCACGUAGUUCAUAUUCUGCCGAGUCUGACCGCAACGGCUCUUUUUCUCUGGGCAAAUUGGACCCGUUUGUGCCCGAAUCGUACCCUCAAACUGGCACCGAUGCCACUACCGGGGUGAAUCCCCAGAACGCGAGAUUUGAUCUCCAGAUGCAUAGCUCCGAGUACUUGCUGCGGCUACUGUCCGCGAGUGCUGUUGACUUGCUGAAAAAUUAUCGGGUGGUGUAUGAUCCGGAGUUGGAUCUGUCUCUAAGUAAAACGGAACGUAGAACCAAACAUAAAAAAAUAGUAUUCCAGACGGCGCAUGGCUUGGGCUCGGGCUCGGGCUCGCCGCCCGCCGAUCCUAGAAUCAAACUUGGCUUGCAGCAGUAUCACCAUAAACCAGACAUGAAGUCCAAGAAGAUGCCAUUCAAGCUUCUCCCGCAAACGCGAUUUGUGUACGACAAAGAUUCGUUGGGCGCGCCGCCUCCGUGCGAGUUGGUGUUGUGGAAGCUACCGUCGUCCGUGAACGAGCCGUAUCUCAUCAACUUCUUGGAGUCGUUCGGCCACUCCGUGCGCGACGUCAAGUUCUAUAACGAUCCCGUCAAUGCGGUGCCUCUCGGCAUCGCGACGUUUGCAUUCCAGGGCUCCUUGGAGAUUGCCCUGAUGAUCGCGCGCAACUUUGUGAAGCAAGUCAACGACGAACAUCCCAAGGUGGACGGUGUGGAGUUGAAAGCUGCGGUUGUCGACAACGACCGGAGAAUCCUCAACACCAAGAUGAAAAUCGCGCAGGAUUAUUUGCGCAAAGAACGGAAACGGCGCGAGGCCAUGGAAAAAGAACGUUUGGAGUACAAAAAGUCCCAGGAGCGCAAGGAGCUCCCGGUCGAGGCCCCCGCGCUUCCACAAAACCAACCUGCUCCGGCCAAGGUGAGUCUUCCGAAGCCUAAUACCACUACUCGUGCACGCUCCAGAGGCAGUGCUGUCGAGGAAGGUUGUUUUCUACCUCAAGAUCUCGCCAAGUACGUAAAAGACAGACCCUUCAUUUACAUCGAUGACCAUGACGUUCCUACCAGAAAGAUCUCAUCUCAAGAAAUCAAGAAUUUCCUCAUCAAGUAUGACUGGACCAGAGUCUUGGUAGAUAAGUCUGGCUACUUCAUUGUUUUCAACUCUCUCAAGGAAUGCGAUAGAUGUUUCCGCAAUGAAGAUGGCGCACGGUUCUUCGACUUCAAAUUGAACAUGGAUCUUUGUGUCCCUCAAAACUACGACGAUACGAGUGCUCAGGCAAACAAGAUGACAAAUGCAAGGAGUAAUCAAAUCUUGGAUGACGCUAUUAACUUGUUGGUAGACGACUUCCAGCUAUUCCUAGCCAAAGAUAUUCGAGAGCGUAUCAUCGCACCAAUGAUCCUAGAUCUUCUUAUUCCUGAUAAGUAUCCGGAACUUAUGAACGAACUUCGAGAGAAAGAAAAGGAGAAAGAGAAACAGCGUGAAGCGGAGUAUCAAGAAAAAUUGAGCAAAGCUCCUCAGAAUUCGACUAUGCCUUUUUCAUACUUCGACAGCAAACGUGAAGAGAGAAAUUCAUCACUACCCAGCUUCGUUAGAAAGCAAGGAUCUCGUUUCGACAAUCGCAAAACGCGCAAGAAUCUAUUUCCAAUGCAAGCUGCACUCAAUUUUGAUGAUGAGGAUUCUGAAGAAUCUGAUGAUGAUGAGCUGAGCAGGUCCGCCACCCCUCUUCCAUCCUUGAAACGUGAUAUUGAGUCUCCAUUGACUACGGAAGAGGAGUAUCCUAAAACAAAGAAAUCUCGACUCAACGAGACCUUAGCAUAUGAAGAGGAAACAACAGAAUUGGAUAUUGCACCUGGCGAUGUAUCAGAAUCGAAGAUUGAUUCGAGAUAUUGUGCCACAGAAACUACUAUUCCACAACCAGUGUAUGAAGAGAUCGAACCACAGGCUGGUACUGUGUUUGAUUUGACUAGAUUGCAGGAGACUUUGCGCGACGAUGAAGAUUUGCAAUUAGCACGGAAGCUUCUCGCAGACACUGAAUUGUCAUCUGUGAAACACCCUGAAUAUUGGGCAUGGAAACAGAAAAGAAGAGCUGCAGGAGCUAUUGUAUCCGAGGAAGAAUACAUUGGAAUACUUAGCGAUCAUCUUGAAUGCUCUACUGGUUCUUUCAAAAGUGAGGGAUUCAGAAAGAUCUUGGAUGCAGACAAAAUUGAGUAUCUUCCUCAUAGAAGAAAAGUACACAAGCCACUUAAAACGGUGCAGCAUGACUACGAAGAAAGUGGUAAUCAAGGCAAUGGUACCGCUACAAAUAAUAGUGCAAACUUGCAUAGCUCUAGAGUGAACAGAGCAAACAACAGAAGAUUUGCAGCCGACAUCAGUGCUCAAAAGCAAAUUUUGAGUACCGAGUCUGAUAUUUUGAACCUCAAUGCUUUGAACAAAAGAAAAAAGCCAGUAUCUUUUGCGCGGUCAGCUAUCCACAACUGGGGAUUGUAUGCACUUGAGCCCAUCGCUGCGAAGGAAAUGAUUAUAGAAUAUGUGGGUGAAAGCAUUCGCCAGCAGGUUGCUGAACACAGAGAAAAGAGUUAUUUGAGGACAGGUAUUGGAUCUUCGUACUUGUUUAGAAUUGACGAGAACAUUGUCAUCGAUGCCACCAAGAAGGGAGGUAUUGCUCGGUUCAUCAAUCAUUGCUGCAACCCAAGUUGCACGGCCAAAAUUAUUAAGGUUGAAGGUAAGAAGCGUAUUGUCAUCUAUGCCUUGAGGGACAUUGAAGCGAACGAAGAGUUGACAUACGAUUACAAAUUUGAGAGAGAGACUAAUGACGACGAGAGAAUCCGGUGUUUGUGUGGCGCGCCGGGCUGCAAGGGUUAUUUGAAUUGA